AUGAUCUUGCGGCCCUCUUCUCAACCACUCAGUCCAUCGUCCCGUCUGCUGCCCGUUAACUCGGUGGUCACGGUGACUUGUCCACGCAUUUGUUACGCGCAAGGUCAUGUCAUCGACGACUUCGCACCUCAUGAAGCGUCCGGUUUCGAGGGCUACUACUCACGCACGCUCCUGGGGGGUGGCGCCACGCUAGCGAUCAUAUUCUGCUUGGUCAAGCAGGCAGAUCGACGGCCAAACCUUGUCUGCGUGUCGUAUAUGCCUCCCGAAGGCCAGGAGGCUACUGGUUUCACGCACGAGUUCUUUCCGGAUCACCUGUCUAUCUCGGUCCAGGAUGUCGUUCCGAACGAGCCUGUGUCGUUCAGCGUCACAGCCGAAGGUAUCGGUACCAUGAGCGUGGGCCCUGAAUCUGUCGACUACUCCAUCAACGUCCCCGACGCCAAGCUCUCCCUGAACCUCCACCUCUCUAAUCAACGAACAUGGUCCAACUUGCAUUCCUUCCUAGGCCCGAUGGGUCCACUGGCGCCCCUCUCGCCCUACCUCCCUCUCAACUGGCACGUCCAGACGGUCGCAAGCGACGCCUCCGCCAGGCUAACACACGCUGGCCUCACACACGAGCUCACAGGCAAAACACACUUCGAGAAGAAUUGGGGGACGUCCUUCCCCCGCGGGUGGAUCUGGUGUCAGGCCUUCGGGCCUGAUUCGGAACGGAGGACGUGCCUGUCGUUCGCGGGCGGAGAGGCCCUGCCCGGCGUGCAGGCCUUCCUGGUCGGCUACCGCUCGCCGCGGUUCCAGUGGGAUUUCCGCCCGCCGUUCACCGCCGGCGUCUUUGGGUUCUCGCCGUGGAUGCACGUCCACCAUGACAGCCGCGCGGGCGUCGUCGAGCUCGACGUCCGGACGCUCUCCCGCAGGCUACGCGUCGUCGUCCGCGCCCCGCCGGACUCGUUCAUCGGCCUACCCGCGCCCCUGCGGGAGGGCCACGAGCCGAGGUUUGCGUUUGAGAGCUUUCGGGCGACGGUGUGGGCGGAGCUGUUUGUGAGGAGGGCGCCGUGGGCGGGGUGGACGCGCGUGGAGGCGGGGUAUCUGGGUGUUGAGGAGGAUGGGACGUCUUGUGGGGCGAUUGAGUUUGGUGGGAGGUUCUGCCAUCAGGUCGUACGAACGAGCUGA